GUUGUUCUGUUGAUUAUUUUAUUCCCAAAUAAAACUGUGCUUAAGGCCCUAAAAAACACUGGGCUCUGUCUAAAAGUAUAUGAAUGAAUGAAUGAAUGAAUUUAGUGCGUUUGGAUUUUCAGUCAGGCAUUUGUAAGGACAGCUUAACAGAGAUCAGUGGUCCUGUGUGCGUCCCUGUUGCAUAGAAACGAAAAUAGUCUGGGACGUCGUGCGUUCACCAAACAGUUUCCCCUCAGAAAUUGGACCAGAACCUAUUCUGCGGUAAACAACACCCGUUUUAAUAAGCUCAGUCAUUGUUUAUUCUCUAGAUUGUAAUUAGCGGAGUUGUUACAUCUUUAGCUGGGAUGAACAAUGAAACGUAGGGUCUGAAAACUCAUUACAAGCCUCACCAUGAAGCCAGUAACGGUAACCGUGCCCUCGUCAGUUUAGGUGUUCUAAUAUGGCAAAAAUAAACACUGUUGAAGCAGUUGAGUAAUCGGCUAAAGAAGCUAGCUGGCUGCUGAUGGGAGGCUAGCGGUUCUAUAUUAACUCUGACCGAGGAGAUUCACCUGGCGGUUCUCAAGUCCUCUUUAACACGACACAUUACUGAGGAACCAGGGCGGAAAUGGCUGAUCACAUUGGCUGCAUCCCUGAACUAGACCAAAAGAAAUACGAUGCACGCGAACAAGUGAAGAUCAUUUGCCUGGGAGACAGCGCUGUGGGUAAAUCAAAGCUGAUGGAGCGGUUUCUUAUGGACGAGUUUCGUCCACAGCAGCUGUCCACAUAUGCGUUGACUUUGUACAAACACACAGCGAACGUAGGAAACAAGACUGUUGCAGUCGAUUUCUGGGACACAGCUGGUCAAGAGCGAUUUCAGAGCAUGCAUCCUUCAUACUAUCACAAAGCUCAUGCAUGUAUCAUGGUUUUUGAUGUUCAAAGGAAGAUCACAUACAAAAACUUAGCCAACUGGUAUAAAGAGCUAAGAGAGUACAGACCUGAGAUUCCCUGUUGUGUGGUAGCUAACAAAAUCGAUGCCGACUUAAAGGUCACACAGAGAAGUUUUAGCUUUGCGAAGAAACAAGGGCUUCCAUUUUACUUUGUCUCAGCAGCGGAUGGAACCAAUGUAGUAAAGAUGUUCAGAGAGAUGAUCAACAGAGCAGUGGACUACAAACAAAACCCCAGUGACUUCAUGGAUGAAGUGUUGGAAGAAUUAGAGAACUUUGACCUGGAAAAGAAAGAGGAGAACUCUGAGGCCGAGGAGGACGAGCUGAAAGCAGAGUCUCCAGAGUUGGCAUGAAGGGUCUGAAUCAACUGGCACAUUAUUUAUUCUUGUCUAAGUUUUGAACAUUUAACUUACUGGAUUGAAAGUCUCCUGCUGGAAACUGGCAUGUGAUCAAUUUCAAUCACUGUUGUCCAUCUGUCCAGUGCGAGGAACCAGGAAAUGAACCCAAAGUAAUAAUUUGGUUCUCUCUAGCUUUUCAGCUUCUGUGUUUUAGCUCCUAUGCUCACAAUUUGAAACUCUUAUAGGGAUAGUUACUUUAAUAGAAUGUUUUCUGGAGUGUGACGAAAACUGUACUCUGUGUAAUAACAAUGUGAAGCAUGAAAAACUGACACAGCAAAGAUAAUGUGCAAUUAUAAAGUGUAUUUCCUGCUGUUCUCAGUGUUUGUGUGUAGUGUUGUGUGGAGCGCCAGCAGGCUGCCGCAUCUGUUGGCUGCUUUACUUGCAUUAAUUUUAUGAUGUAAUUUUUUUUUUCUAGCGCCUUGUAAAUGAAAGCCUAAUGUACCCUAUAACCAACUGUGAUCAUGACCCUUUGCAUCUUGCUGUGACGCCGCGUAAUCAACUGAACAUCAGCGUUUUAUAAGAAACAGCUGCUACUCAUACCCGAGUCUGUUACUGUGAAGAUAAGCAACUUUAAUAGGUAUAAAGUUUUGAGAUACAA